AUGAUCGAUAUACCAGCAUCGUUCAUUAUCUCGUCUCGAUUGUCUGUCUUGGAUUCAAAGGACAUACUUCGAGUCAUCCAUCUCGCACAGCAAAAGUGGAAGGAGUCCCAGGUCAAGUCUCGCAUGCAACAUCACAGCACAACACCACUACUCGCAGUGGGUAUCUCAAAUCCGCAAGAACUGUCCACAGUAAUAGCAAAUGAUAUACCCAUCAUCCACAUUGAAAGCGACUGCAAAGCACUGCAAGCAGUUCAGAAGCGAGAGAUACAGCACCAACGACACACGAGCCGAGUGUACAUGACACUGUUAUCCAGUUUGUGGGGAUUCUUGCUGUACCAGCUGAAAUACAACGGCCUCUUUAGACUGAAAAGAGGAGCAGAUGUGGUCGACGUGCGUGUGUUUGAGCGUGGUAGUUUGCCCCUUCCCAACAUCAUGAUUGCAGGGAUCAGUCUCGGAUUCACCGCAUGUUUGGCUUGGAUCACCAAACGACGCUUGCACAAGAAGCGCAUGCAAUAUGAUUACAUCGAUGGCGGUGAUGAUGGAUUUGUCUUAUUAAGAAAUGAUGUCUCAUUUAGUAGAUUUAGUUUUAUUGCUACAGACGUAAUUCCUUAUUGUAUCAUUGGUGUAGGAGCAUUCAGUUACAAACGAAUAAAGAUGUGA